AUGUCGAAACAUCACGCCAACGGCGGUCACUACUACAAAAGCUCUCUACGAAAGGGGCUAGACAAAUUCGACACGCAUCAGUGGAACACGGAUUCGACGAAAAGCCACUGGGUGAGUUUUCACAACUAUAUUACAUGGAUCGCCCUUGACGGUCACCAGAAAAACCGCCACUUCGAGCCCGCAAUAAAAAUGUGUCCUCCCUGUCAGAAUUUCAACUACGUUGUCAAGGUGGAAACAAUGACGGACGAUAUUUUCGCCAUAUUUCAAAAGGUCGAAUUCGAAGUUCCGCCUCAAUUCGACUUGGGCAUUCCGCAGAGGUCUUUUGACAACGGCAUCGGAACAAAGUCGACUGAAGCAAUUGUUGAGCAUAUAAAGUCAUUUUACAAGGAUGUAUCAAAAGUGGCACUAACAAAGUUGAAAGCGAAAUUUCAACGGGACUUGGACCUUUUGGCUACACAUUUGAUGUGGACACUGCCGAACCUGGAGGACUUGAAGUCUGAAAAAACGACAAGUGUUUCUGAAAAGAAAUUAACGCAACAAAAUUUUUAA